CGGCGAAUAAAAUUGUCAAAACAAAAACAUAAAUGGCGCCCGAAAAUUUCUUUCUCCGCCGAAAGUAAUUUAUUUUCCGUGUUUGUGAAUUAUUUGUAAAGGUGUUUUGCACGAAUUUCGUACAAAUGCCGACAUUGUAAGUUGUACCCCAAAAUGCACAUUAAACAGGUUAUUAUACAAGGAUUCAAGAGCUAUCGCGAAACAACAAUUGUUGAGCCCUUCGACAAGAGGCACAAUGUAGUCGUGGGUCGUAAUGGGUCCGGGAAGAGUAAUUUCUUCUACGCGAUCCAAUUUGUUUUGAGCGAUGAAUUUACCCAUCUACGUCCGGAGCAGCGACAGGCGCUCCUUCACGAGGGCACUGGGGCUCGCGUAAUGUCCGCAUAUGUUGAGAUUAUUUUUGACAAUUCCGACAAUCGCGUUCCGAUUGACAAGGAAGAGAUCUGCCUGAGACGCGUCAUUGGAGCAAAGAAAGAUCAGUAUUUCUUGAAUAAGAAAGUCGUUCCACGGACUGAAGUUGUAAAUCUGCUGGAAUCUGCAGGCUUCUCCAAUUCCAAUCCGUAUUACAUUGUGAAACAAGGCAAGAUCAAUGAAAUGGCCACAGCUGCUGAUGCACAGAGGCUUAAAUUGCUUCGAGAAGUUGCCGGGACGAGGGUUUACGAUGAGCGCAAGGAGGAAUCAAUGAACAUUCUGAGAGAGACUGAGGGGAAAGUGGAGAAGAUCACGGAAUUUCUCACGACAAUUGAAGAUCGACUGAAGACCCUGGAGGAGGAGAAGGAAGAACUGAAGGAGUACCAGAAGUGGGAUAAAGCCCGAAGGACACUCGAGUAUAUAAUCUACGAGACAGAGCUGAAGGAUACGAAGAAGCAGCUUGAGGAUUUGGAGCAGCAGCGUCGAUCGUCGGGGGAUAAGCAGAAGCAACUGCUGCAGGAAGUGCAAAAGGCACAGGAGAAGAUUAAGGGGAUCCAGAAGAAUCUCAAGGAUGCCAAGAAGGAGGUAACUGCAGCAAAGGAGGAUCGAUCGGUACUCUCAGCAGAGCAGCAGCAGCUUCUGCGGGAGAAAACAAAGCUCGAUUUGACGAUCAAUGAUCUGACGGAUGAGGUGCAGGGAGAUAAUAAAUCCAAGGAGCGAGCAGAGCAGGAACUUGAACGGCUCAAAGUGACAAUUUCUGAGAAGGAGAAGGAGCUCGAGGAUGUGAGGCCACGCUAUGAAGCUAUGCGUAGGAAGGAAGAAGAAUAUUCCCGGGAGCUUGCUCUGAAGGAGCAAAAGCGCAAGGAGUUGUACGCAAAACAGGGCAGAGGAUCUCAGUUCUCUUCACGCGAUGAGCGCGACAAAUGGAUUCAGAAUGAGCUGAAGUCCCUCAAUAAGCAGAUAAAGGAUAAGAUUUCGCAUCAAAACAAGUUGACGGAGGAUCUCAAGCGUGACGCAACAAAGCAGAAGGAACUGGAGAAGAAGAUUGAGGAUCACGGGCAGGAAGUUGAGCAGCUGCGGCAGCAAAUUGAUGAGCACAACAAGCAUUUCUAUGAGUUGAAGAAGAAGAAGGAUCACUACCAAGCUGCGAGGAAUGAGCUGUGGCGCAAGGAGACACAAAUCACACAGACGCUCUCGUCGCACAAGGAAGAGCUCGCAAAGGCCGAUCAGGCACUACGUUCAAUGGCGGGGAAGCCAAUUCUCAACGGGCGGGACUCAGUGAGGAAGGUCCUGGAUAGCUUCAAGCAGCGUGGUGGGCAUUUUGCGGACAUUGCAAACUCCUACUAUGGGCCCGUAAUAGAAAACUUCAAUUGCGACAAGACAAUCUAUACUGCAGUUGAAGUAACAGCCGGGAAUCGUCUCUUCCAUCACAUUGUGGAGUCUGAUCGUGUUGGCACGCAGAUUCUCAAGGAGAUGAAUAAACAAAAACUCCCCGGAGAGGUGACUUUCAUGCCCCUCAAUCGUCUCCAAGCCAAAAUUCACGACUACCCCGAUGAUCCGGACUCAAUUCCCAUGAUAAGUAAGCUGAAGUACGAGGAGCAGUACGACAAGGCUCUACGCUACAUCUUCGGGAAGAUUCUCAUCUGCCGUAAUCUCGAGAGGGCAACUGAGCUGGCCAAGAGUACGGGGCUUGAUUGUGUGACCCUCGAAGGGGAUCAAGCUUCAUCCAAGGGAUGCCUAACAGGUGGCUACUUCAAUACAUCCCGUUCCCGGUUGGAGAUGCAGAAGAAACGGAGUGAGUACAUGGAGUACAUUCGUGACAAUGAGGAGGAACUCGCCACGCUGUGUGCUGAGUUAAAACAAACUGAGAGCAGCAUCAAUAGCGUCGUGUCGGAGAUGCAGAAGACCGAAACGAAGCAGGGAAAGAGCAAGGAUAUCUUUGACAAAGUUCAAGCGGAUAUUCGACUAAUGAAGGAGGAAUUGACGCGCAUUGAACGCUUCCGGAAUCCCAAAGAGCGUUCCCUGGCACAGUGCAAGGCCAAUUUGGAGGCGAUGAACAGCACAAAGGAGGGGCUGGAGAGCGAGCUACAUCAGGAAUUGAUGGCACAGCUCUCGACGCAGGAUCAACGUGAAGUGGAUCAGCUGAAUGAUGACAUUCGACGUUUAAAUCAGGAGAAUAAGGAAGCCUUCAGUGCUCGUAUGACGCUCGAAGUGACAAAGAAUAAACUGGAGAAUUUGCUGACAAAUAACUUGUUCCGGCGACGUGAUGAGCUUGUUCAGGCACUGCAGGAGAUCUCAGUGGAGGAUCGCAAGCGUCAGCUCAACAAUUGUCGCAAUGAGUUGGGAGCAACGGAUAAGAGGAUCAAUAAAGUCAACAAGGAUCUCGAGAAUAUGGAUAAGAGAGUCCAAGAUGCAGUGAAGUUGCAGAAAUCCAUGCAGAAGGAACUCGAGGCGUACACAUUGAUGGAGAAGGAGGCCCAAGAAAAGAUUGACGAUGACUCAAAACGCCUCGAGAAGUGGACGGCAAAGGAGAAUCUUUUGCAUCAGAAGAUUGAGGAUGCAACCGAGAAGAUUGCCAGCUUGGGAGCUCUCCCACAGGCUGAUCCCGCCUAUACGAGGAUGUCCCUCAAGAGCCUUUUCCGGGAACUUGAGAAAGCCAAUCAGCAUUUGAAGAAGUACAAUCAUGUGAAUAAGAAGGCUCUCGAUCAAUUUUUGAGCUUCUCAGAGCAAAAGGAGAAGCUGUGCAAGCGCAAAGAGGAGUUGGAUAUUGGAGAUCAGAAAAUUCGUGAAUUGAUGCAGAAUUUGGAGAUGCGCAAAGUUGAGGCGAUUCAGUUCACUUUCACGCAGGUGGCGCAGAAUUUUACAAAGGUCUUCAAGAAGUUGGUGCCACAGGGUUCGGGGAAUCUUGUCUUGAUCACCAAGGACAGAGAUCGCGAGAGUAUUGAUCCGGGAGUGGCGACGUCGGAUGCUUUUACGGGAAUCGGAAUAAGGGUAUCAUUCACGGGAGCUGAUGCAGAAAUGCGUGAAAUGAAUCAAUUGAGCGGUGGGCAGAAGUCUCUCGUAGCCUUGGCGCUCAUCUUUUCCAUUCAGAAAUGCGAUCCUGCUCCAUUCUAUCUAUUUGAUGAAAUUGAUCAGGCCCUUGAUGCACAACAUCGUAAAGCCGUCGCUGAUAUGAUCCACGAAUUGAGUAGCAAAGCUCAAUUUAUUACAACAACUUUCCGGCCGGAAUUGCUGGAGAACGCCCACAAAUUCUACGGUGUUAAAUUCCGCAACAAGGUGAGUCACAUUGAGUGCGUUCUAAAGGAAGAAGCAAGAGAUUUCGUCGAAGACGAUCAAACACACGGCUAAGCAGCUGCUUAAUUUUAAUGAAUAUCCCACUCCUAUACUAACUUUCAUUGUGUCCCCUUCGGAAAAAUAAUUAAAUCUUGGUCUUUUAUGUGAAAAAAAAACAAA